UAGAAGAAGUAAACGGAAGUCAAGCGACCAAAUACAAAUUCCACGUUAGCGUUAUUGUUUAGACGUGUUACAACACCCUAGACUGAAAAAAAACGAAUUAAACUACACCGCAUUAAAUACUUUCAUCGGGUAGUGUUUAAUUCGCGUUGGAGACGGGACUUGGUUGAUAGAUGUUAUCUAGGUAACGCUAGCUAGCUGCUUAGCUAACAAUGGCUAACUGUAUGGUUUUUCACACUCAAAUAGCCUCCGUCAUGGAGGUGCUAGCGAAUGCAGCCGUGGCAGAGAUCUGUAAACUCGUAGACGACGACUAUGCAGUGUUUCGUUUGGAAAUAACUCAAAGCCAGAAAGAAAACGGGGCCUUGCGGAGGAAACUACAGCUAUUGGAACUAAAGGUGGCACGGGAGCGCGCAGAGAGGACAAUACGAGAGCGCGUCCUCGCCAGUCGUCCCAGUAGUGUCAAGGUCCUCGACCGAUACAAAGGAAUGACAAGAGGUGGACAUCUCACUGGAGGCCACAGGAGCUUUGUGAAGCCAGCGGGUCACAAUACAUGGAGCGAUGACCAACCAAUCACUGUUGACGAGGGCACUCGAACCUCAAUUCAGAACAUUAUUGUGAUAGAGUCUGUAGAUGCAGAUGCUGCAGGGCCCGGAGGAUCGCCUCUGGUCAAGCAGGAGAAGUCUGAAGGAGAGGAGGACCCACGGCACAACAGAGACAUCCAAACUGGAGCAGCGGCUGGAGUGCCCCCUAUAGCCACGGAGGACAACACCACCGCUCCAGUGCAGCCCAGGACCCAACGCAGCAUCACGGAGUCAGUAGACAUGGAGGAUGGGAAGCCUGAUCUGCUGCUGGUCAAAGAGGAGACUAUAGAAGAUGAACCAGAGAGCAUUGACCUGCUGAUGGGGGAGCAAGGUAGUUGGCUGGAGGAUAACAGAGAAGACUGGUCGGCCAUCUUGGAUUCCCAGAACCAGACGGGUGCCAAGGGCCCAGUGGAUAACAUCACUGAGCAGGACAGGACCAGAGGCGACAUAGUGGAGGUCAGUGGAUGGGACAGCAUCUUCAACUCUGGACUGGGGAACAACACUGUUUACCACAACCAGAAACAGACAGUCGAACACAAAACAACAACUGAACAUAGUCUCCAUGACAACAGACUGGCUGAGACCAGGGCGAGGCGUAGAUUUUGUCUGCGGGGACGGGGAGGUGUCGGUAUGCAGCGGGAGAGAACAGACACAGACUCCUCAAGUGAUGCUCCGGCCUGCUCCUAUAGUUGUGAUUCAGAGAGACUGACGGCGCCUCAGGUUAACCCCCUAACAGGUGCUGCCUUCAGCCUGCCUUCUAUAGGAUCUAUCAACUGGAACAUGGACCCUGCGACAACACAGACAGUCCCUGGCCUUCGUCCUCCUCACACUCUCCUUAUGUUAAACCAGACCUCGGACAAUGCCAAAACACUAAAUGGCUACACAAGCCCAUUGACAAAUGAUGGUAAUAGAGACGGAAUCAGUAAAGGUGUCAGCACCAAAGAAAAGCGCUUCCCGUCUUCAUUCUGUGGGAAAGUCUUCAGUUUCCCCGAACAGGUGGAGCUCCACCAGAGGAUGCACACAGGAGGGAAACCUUUCGGCUGCCACCUGUGCCGGGUCAGUUUUUCAGACUCGUCCAACCUGAAGAGGCACCUGAGGGUCCACACAGGGGAGAAGCCGUACAGUUGCCCCCAGUGUGAGAAGAGGUUCUCCCGCCAGCACAAUAUGAAGAUGCACCUGAAGGUCCACACGGGAUAGAUGUCGUUCGCCUGUACGCACUGCAGGAAGGGGUUCUCAGAGAAGAGCUUCCUGAGGACACAACAGAAAAUGCACACAGCCCAUGUAUAGUAAUAUGUACAGUGCCUUCACAAGGUUUUCACACCCCUUGAUUUUUCCACAUUUUGUUGUUACAGCCUGAAUUUAAAAUGGAUUACAUUUAGAUUUUUUGGUCACUGGCCUACACACAAUAUCCCACAAUUUCAAAGUGUAAUUAUGUUUUUAGAAAUGUUUGCAAAUUAAUACAAAAUGAAAAGCUGAAACCCCUUUGUUAUGGCAAGCCUAAAUAAGGUCAGGAGUAAACAUGUGCUUAACAAGUCUCAUAAUAAGUUUCAUGGACUCACUCUGUGUGCAAUGAUAGUGUUUAACAUAUUUAUUUUUAUGACUACCUCAUCUCUGUACCCCACACAUACAAUUAUCUUUAAAGUCCUUCAAUCGAGCAGUGAAUUUCAAACAGAUUCAACCACAAAGACCAGGGAGGUUUUCCAAUGCUCCGCAAAGAAGGGCACCUAUUUGUAGAUGGGUACAAAUUUUAAAAAAGCAGACAUUGAAUAUCCUUCUGAGAAUGGUGAAGUUAUGAAUUACACUUUGAAUGAAGUAUCAAUACACCCAGUCACUACAAAGAUACAGGCGUCCUUCCUAACUCAGUUUCCGGAGAGGAAGGAAACCACUCGGGGAUUUCACCAUGAGGACAAUGGUGACUUUAAAAUAGUUUGAGUUUAAUGGUUGUGAUGUGAGAACUGAGGAUGGAUCAACAACAUUGUAGUUACUCCACAAUACUAACCUAAUUGACAGAGUGAAAAGAAGGAAGCCUAAACAUUCCAAAACAUACAUCCUGUUUUCCAAAAAAUUGACAAAGCAAUUAACUUUUUUGUCUUGAAAACGAAGUGUUAUGUUUGGGGCAAAUCCAAUAAAACACAUUACUGAGUACCACUCUCUAUAUUUUCCAAGCAUAGUGCUGGCUACAUCAUGUUAUGGGUAUGCUUGGAAUUGUUAAGGAAUGGGACGUUUUUCAGGAUAAAAAAAGAAACGGAAGCUAAGCACAGGCAAAAUCCUAGAGGAAAACCUAGUUCAGUCUGCUUUCCACCAGACACUGGGAGAUUAAUUCCCCUUUCACUAGGACAAUAACCUAAAACACAAGGCCAAAUCUACACUGGAGUUGCUUACCAAGAAGAAAAUAAAUGUUCUUGAGUGGCCGAGUUACAGUUUUGACUUAAAUCUGCUUAAAUCUAUGGCAAGACCUGAAAAUUGUUGUCUAGCAAUGGUCAACAAUCAAUUUGACAGAGCUUGAAGAAUUUUGAUUUAAGAAUAAUGGGCAAAUGUUGAACAAUCCAGGUGUGGAAAGCUCUUAGAGACUUACCCAGAAAAACUCACAGCUGUAAUCGCUGCCAAAAGUGAUUCUAACAUGUAUUGACUCGGUUGGGUUGAAUACUUAUAUGAUGUAGAAACAGUAGAUUAGUGUUUUCUAAUUAUUUACUUUUUUUUUACUGAUGUUUGAUCGUAUUUUUAAUAAGAUCAUUGACAAAAAAAUUACAAAUCCAAUUUAUCCCACUUUGUAACACAACAAUGUGGAAAAAUUCAAGGUAUGUGAAUACUUUCUGAAGGCACUGUAGUACUAUUUAGUUAGUUUGUAGUUAAUUCUGCUGGUUUGGGUUGUAGUAGGGAACUGGAUGAGGUGAACUGAGGAAAGAAUGAGUAUGAUAAGGCAGAGUAGAUGAUAUGGUGGUGAUGAUGUCUGUAAAAAUGCUUCACUGAUGAAGUGACAACCUGUCAUGUUGUUUGACGUUGGUGUUUUAUGAGGAAAUGAUAGUGCCUUAAUUCAUGUUUACUUGACAUAAAGUAGUGAAGAUGUGUGUAAUGUUGAAUCUUUUCAAAAACCAUUCUAAAAUGUUUUUCAUCAAAGCGAGAUUUACUUAAAAGUUCAAGUGUUACCAUACUGAGAAAAGUUACUACCUUGUUAUGUAUUGUUUUGUACAAUAAAAGUACUGUACACCAGGUUACGUGAAUGUAUGACCAUUUUGUUCAAAUUAAAUACAUAAUUGACUCUG